UGGCUAUUGUCGCGGCGGCGGUUUGGAGUGAGGGUGGCACGUUGAGUGGAAGACUGUGUGGAAGGUCCUGGCCCAGAGCCUGGCAAGGAUCCCAUUUCUGGUGGAAAUCCUGUGCUGGGUUAGGUCUGAGUUCUUGAGGGAUGGAUCGAGUAUGGAGUGCAUGGUACGGAAAGUGUAUCAAAGAAAAAAGAUCGACGCCACCAUGGGCCCAGAGCAUCGUGGUCGCCUGGCUCAGCAGGGCUGAAUGGGACCAGGUGACGGUCUAUCUGUUCUGUGAUGACCAUAAAUUGCAGCGGUAUGCGCUGAAUCGCAUCACGGUGUGGAGAAGCAGGUUAGGCAACGAACUCCCCCUGGCAGUGGCUUCUACUGCUGACCUGAUACGCUGUAAGCUCAUGGAUGUAACUGGUGGCUUGGGCACUGAUGAACUUAGACUGCUCUAUGGCAUGGCCUUGGUCAGGUUUGUGAAUCUUAUCUCUGAAAGGAGGACAAAGUUUACCAAGCUCUCACUCAAGUUCCUGGCUCAGGAGGUGAACAUUCCAGAUUGGAUUGUUGAACUUCGUCAUGAGUUGACACACAAGAAAAUGCCCCAUAUAAAUGACUGUCGCAGAGGCUGCUACUUUGUCCUGGAUUGGCUCCAGAAGACCUACUGGUGCCACCAACUGGAGAACAGCCUGAGAGACAGUUGGGAGUUGGAAGAGGAGAAGGCAGACAUAGAAGAAGACCAAGAGGAAGAUAAGAACAUUGGGGUUGAUGACAUCACAGAACAGAGACCAGAGCCUCAGGAGCAUGGGCAAGAUACAGAAUUGGAUGUCAAAGCUGAUGGAGACAAUAAAGGCAAUGAAGAGGUAGAUUCUCAAUGGGAAAAGGCUCAGCGACAUAAGGAGUUGUAUGAAAGAGCCCGAGAAUUGCUAGUAUCAUAUGAAGAGGAGCAAUUUAAGGUGCUGGAGAAAUUUAAGCAUUUACCGCAGGCCAUUAAGAUGUGGAAUAAUCUAUCUCCACGUGUAGAAAGCAUCUUGACAGAGCUCAAGGGCAUUGCUUGGGAGAACAGGACUGCUGUGCUGGAUGCUUUUCUGGAUGAUGGCUUUCUCAUUCCCACAUCUGAGCAGUUGGCAGCUUUGCAGAUCAAAUAUGAAGAUGAUCAUACUGAGGCCCAGAGAGGGGAAGGUACUGAUCCAAAGUCACACAGUUUUAUUGUUGGUGGGGCUUGUGCCCCCAUCCGUUUUCUCUUUUUCUCCAUCCUUCCCUUACCUUCCCUCCGUCACAAAACAGAAAACGUGGAUUUGAAUGACGUCUUGGUACCAAAGCCGUUCUGUCAGUUCUGGCAGCCCCUGCUUAGGGGCCUGCACUCCCAGACCUUCACGCAGGCCCUGCUGGAGAGGAUGUUCUCUGAGCUGCCAGCCUUGGGGGGCAGUGGGAUCCGGCCCACCUACACCCUUAGAUGGACUGUUGAACUGAUCGUGGCCAACACUAAGUCUGGACCGAAUGCUCAUCGAUUUUCUGCAAGCCAGUGGGAAGCAAGAAGAAGCUGGAGGCUAUUCAACUGCUCUGCCUCCCUUGACUGGCCCCAGGUGGUUGAGUCCUGCUUGGGCUCACCUUGCUGGGCCAGCCCCCAACUCCUUCAGCUUGUCUUCAAAGCCAUGGGACAGGUCCUGCCAGAUGGGGAACAGGAGAAGUUGGUGCGCAUCUGUUCCAUUUAUACUCAGAAUGGAGAAAACAACCUGCAGAAGGAGAGCUUAGAGGUGUCUCACAUUGAGAAGUGUCCAUACACACUGGACAGCCUCUACUGGGGCCUCAAACCAGCUAAUUCCAGCUGUGGGUCUGAAGGAAAGGCCCAGCAGCAGGGAGAGCAGGGCAGCCCUAAUGAUGGUAACGAAGAAGAGGAGAAAAAGGCCGAGCAAGACCAGGCAGAGGGAGAGGAGGAAGAGGAAGAUGAUGACUUGGAAGAGGAAGAUAAAGAUGCUGAUGAGGAUGACGAAGAUGAUGAGGAUGACGAUGAUGAAGAGGAGGAGGAAGAGGAAGAGGAAGGCAGAAUGGAAGUAGGACCUUUCUCUGCUGUGCUUGAGUCCCCUACCAUUGAGAAUGCCAGGCUCCUGUCCCAUAAAAGAGGAGCUUUGGAGGGCUCUGCAUGGCAAGUUAGCUCAGAAGACGUGCGGUGGAACACAUUCCCCUUAGGCCGCAUGCCAGGUCAGACAGAGGACCCAGCAGAGCUUAUGCUGGAGAAUUACGACACCAUGUAUCUUUUGGAUCAGCCUGUGCUAGAGCAGCGGCUGGAACCCCCAUCAUGCAAGAGUAGCACCCUGGGCCUAAAUUGUGGUGUCGGCAGUGGUAAUUGCAGCAACAGCAGCAGCAACUUGGAGGGCCUUCUCUGGAGCCAGGGGCAGCUGCUUGGGCUCAAAACUGGCCUGCAGCUGUUCUGAUGCCUGCCUUAAUGGAAGUGUUCAUCCAGCCCUGCCAGAGCAACAGCCUAGCCCAAUGUGCACCUGAUCUUCCAUGAUACAGUCUGGGAGACAGCCCAGAUCAGCCACAUCUACUCAGCUUUCCACCACUAGAAUGUGGAAUGACCUUCUCCUUUUGUUUUGAAAAACAAUAAACAAGCAACUGUAGUUUUGA